CGGCGUCGCGGUUGCCGUGGCAACGGCGGGGCGGAGGGCCCGCGGUCACCGCUGUCACCCCGGCCAGUCCCCACAUCCUGGCCCCUCCCGGGGAGCCGCCGCACCGCCCCCGCCCGCACACCGGCCGAAAUAAGUAAACAUGAAUGAGGUAGUGGAGACUCUAAGAAACAUAGAGCAGAACUACAAGAUCUUCCAGCAGCAGCAGUUUACAUUUACCAGAGCAUUGGAUCACACCCGAGAGGAGGCCCAUGACUUGCUCAGACCUGUGGCCAGCAUCGUGCAGGUGCAGGUCCUCAAGGACCACCACUGCAUCAGUGCCACCGACAGGCGUAUCCUCAACAUGUUCAUCUCCAUCUGCAACGACCUCCGCAACCUCUGCCAGAAGCUGGAAACGGUGCAUCCCGGGGACCAGGUGACCAACGGCCUGUUGGAGAGGUGCAAAGUGCUCCUGAACGACAGCAAUGACCUCAGUGCCAUCAGGGCCACAUACCCCCACGGUGUUGUGAAUUACCUGAGCUUUGAAGAAGCAAGGCAUACUUAUGGAGGUGUGGUGAGCCUCAUCCCCAUCGUUAUAGACCUCCUGAAGGAGUGGGUAACCCACACUAAAAGGCACCUGCUGCAUCAAGUGAGUCAUGGACGUGGCAUCUCCAAGAAGGAGGCACCCACUUCCCAAAAACCAUCUUCUGUGCGCUUUGCAGCUCACACCUCCGUUAGUAACAAAAAUACUGUGCAAUUGCAGGAAAAGGAUUUCCAGAAGUUCCUGCUUGAAAAUCAACGUCCGAAACAAAAAGCUCCCUGGAGGCCACCGGGCAAACACCCCUAUUGAAGCAUCACACCUUCUGCUUACCACCUUUAAUCAGCUGGCUGAUUAAAGACAAUGAAAUGCA